UUUAACGCAUGCGUGCUCCAGGAAACGGAGAGGAGCGCGAGCUGCCCAGACUCGUGCUUUUACAAAGGCUCACCUGGACACCUGUACAGCACAUCCAGAAAUGACAUCUUUGGGAACUAGCAGCCAGACAGCAACUGAAUAUGUGGUCCGCGUUCCCAAGAACACCUCUAAGAAAUACAACAUUAUGGCCUUCAAUGCUGCCGACAAGGUCAACUUCGCCACCUGGCACCAGGCAAAGAUGGAGCGUGAUCUCAGCAACAAAAAGAUCUACCAGGAGGAAGAGUUGCCUGAGUCGGGAGCUGGUAGUGAGUUCAACCGCAAACUGCGGGAGGAGGCUCGGCGCAAGAAAUAUGGCAUCGUUCUGAAAGAGUUCAGGCUUGAAGACCAGCCCUGGCUCCUCAAAGUCAAUGGCAAGGCUGGACGCAAAUUCAAAGGAGUAAAAAAGGGUGGUGUGACAGAGAACACCUCCUACUAUAUCUUCACACAGUGCCCAGAUGGUGCCUUUGAAGCCUUUCCAGUCAACAAUUGGUAUAACUUUAUGCCCAUUGCCAAGCACCGCACAUUGACUGCAGAGGAAGCUGAGGAGGAAUGGGAAAGGCGGAACAAAGUUCUGAACCACUUCAGUAUCAUGCAGCAGCGUCGGCUGAAAGACCAUGGCGAGGAAGAGGAGGAGGAGAAAGAGAAGAAAGGCAAAAAGAAAGGGAGCGACCUUAAAAUCCAUGAUCUAGAAGAUGACCUGGAGAUGAGCUCAGAUGACAGCGAGUUCAGUGAUGCUGAUGGUGAGAAGCCAGCCAAGCCCAAGAAGAAAGCCCCUCUGACCAAGAAGAAGAAAAAGAAGAAGGGCUCCGAUGAUGAAGCCUUUGAAGACAGUGACGACGGGGAUUUUGAAGGCCAGGAGGUGGACUACAUGUCAGAUGGGUCAAGCAGCUCAGCAGAGGAAGCAGUGGGCAAACCUAAGGUGACCAAAGAGGAAGAUAUCCCAAAAGGUAUAGAUGAAGCAAGUGAUAGUAGUGAAGAGAGUGAGGAAGAGAAACCUGCUGAGGAGAAGGAAGAGGAAGAAGAAGAGAAAAAGAUUCCUACUCCACAGGACAAGAAGAAAAAGAAAGACAGCAGUGACGAAUCCGAGACAUCUGAGGACAGCGACAUAGACAGUGAAGCAUCUUCAGCGCUCUUCAUGACGAAAAAGAAGACCCCUCCCAAGAAGGAGCGGAAGGGCUCGGCAAGCAGCUCUCAGGGGAACAGUCGCCCAGGAACACCCUUGGUGGAUGCUGGCAGCACCUCCUCCACGCUGCGGGCUGCAGCCAGCAAGCUGGAACAAGGCAAGCGGCAAGCAGGUUCUGGUGAGCUCCCUGCAGCAAAGCGGCUGAAACUGGAUGCUGGGCCCCAGGCUACCAUGGCCUCUGGGAAGUCUACCCCUCAGCCACAGUCGGGCAAGUCUACCCCCAACAGUGGCGAUGUGCAGCUGACAGAGGAUGCAGUGCGCCGGUACUUGACCCGCAAGCCCAUGACUACCAAGGAUCUGCUGAAGAAAUUCCAGACCAAGAAAACAGGGCUGAGCAGUGAGAAGACAGUCAAUGUGCUGGCCCAGAUCCUGAAGCACCUCAAUCCCGAGCGCAAGAACAUCAACGACAAGAUGCACUUCUUCCUCAAGGAAUAAGAAGGGGCCAGGUGUCCACCGGCCUUUGGUGUCCACCAUCCUUCUGGACUACUCUGAGCCUCCUUGCACUGAACCAGUAGUUGAGAUGGCGGGGAGCUCAGGCUGUGUGGGUUGGCAUUGGCACCCUUUGGGGAAAGGGCCAUGGUCCUCUUGCCACCUGGAUGACCCCUUAAGAUUAGAGGUGUGGCUGGGGGCAGAAGGAUGGCACAAUUGAGGGAGAAGUGUUCUCUUCCAUGUGGGAAAGGGUCGAUAUCUAAAUGCUGCCCUUUUGGAAGAAAAUGUGCAGGGAUAGCUUUUAUACCUAUUUCCCUGUAUUUUCUCUAGUGCUAGGAAACCUUGACAACAAACCACUGUCUCUCUGUGAGUAGUCUGCAACCUGUUCUGUUCCUCUCCCAUUGUCCAAAAGCACAGAGACUCUGAGAAAGCUGUAAGUGGUACACGCAUUCAUUUCCAUGCAGCUUUUUUUUUUUUUUUUUGGCAAAGUAUAAAACUGUACGCUCUGGUAAACAGAGAAAGGACUUGGCUCAGAAUGCCCAGCUGUGACUGGUUUCCUCUGGCUGAAUGCACAUACCAUUGUUUUUAGUUUGCAAUAAAAAGCUUUGGGCUUCAAAGCAAAACAGGACAAAACCUCCGAAAUAAAAAUUCCAUAAUGGAUGGGAAUGACAAA